AUGUACGCGACCCUCUUCGACCCGCGGCGCGUCGCGGCGAAGAAGGAGGCCGAGCAUGCGAAGAAAGAGGCCUGCUCGCGGCUGAAGCUCUGGGCGCUGGAGCUCGUGCCCGCGGGCCUGCGCCUGCGCGUCACCGUCGACGAGGUCGCGCACGAGGCCGGCGAGGGCCAGGUCGACACGGCGGUCGAGUUCUGGGGCCUCGACAACGAGCUGCGCAACGGCGUCGCCAUCGAGGCGCCCGCCGUCGACGUCUCGCGGGACGAGCUCGAGAAACGGUUCCCGAGCGAGGCCGUGCUCCGCGACUGGGCGGCCGGCGUCGACGCCGAGUGGCCGCCGCCGGCGCCGCCGCCCGCCCGCGCCCUGCCCUUCGCCGUCGGGGCGACGGCCGAGGUCUGGCUCGCGGACCGCUGGCGCAAGUGCGAGGUCGCCGCGCACUGGCACCGGUGCAAGGGCUGGCCGCGCGACGCCUACGUGCCCUACGCGCUCAAGCUCUUCCGCACGGGCCGCGCGACCUACGCGCCGACGGAGUCGCACGUCCGCGGCAACGCCCUCGACCCCGAGUGGAAGCAGCGCUGCCCGAAGCAGCCCAAGAAGGAGAGGAAGAAGGAGAAGCCGCUCGAGGGCCGCGCGCUCGAGGAGAAGGAGCGCGAAGAGGAGCGCGAGAAGGAGGUCGUGCACAAGCGCGAGGGCAACGUCAUCGACAUGACGACGGGCUACGACGUCUCGCGCAAGUGGCGCGAGAACGCGCGGAACCGCGACCACAAGCCCUGGCGCGACAAGUGGAAGACCGACGGCAACGUCGGCGACGCCGUCGAGGCCCUCGUCGAGCACCGACUCGGCGAGGAGACGGAGUGGGUCGCGGGCGCCGUCGCCAAGGUCUGGCCGCGCGUCCGCGGCCGCUACGCGCCCUACACGAUCUCGCUGCCCGGCCGCCUCGCGGGGCGCGCCGUGUCCGUCGUCGUCCACCGCGACGACGCGAAAUUGCUGCGGCCGGGCCCGGGCACGGCGCCCAAGGACGUCGAGGUCGCGGACCCGCAGGAGCUCGCGCCGCGGCGCCGCCGCGGCGCGGGCGACGACGACGACGACGACGACGCGGCGCCGCGCCAGGUCUACUACAAGCGCGACGGCAACGUCAUCGACAUGACGCGCGCCUACGACCUCGAGCCGCCGCCGCCGCCGCCGCCGCCGCCGCCGCCGCCGCCGCCGCCGGUCGACGACGCGCUCAUCCCGCCGCCGCCGCCGCCGGGCCCGCCGCCGGACUGGCGCGAGACGUUUACAAACGACACCGACGCAGCCGCCGUCGUGUCGCCGCGGUCCUGGGCCCCAGCGGUGGUCUCGCCGCGGUCCUGGGGCACGCCCGCGGCGAAGGCGCGGUCGGCGAGCGUGCCCGUCGUGACGCCGGUGACGCCGACGCGCGCGGCUCGGAACACGAGCCCGCACACGCUCGUCGUGCUCGACACGGGCGCGUACGUGCCGUUCCCCGCGGUGCUCGGCCGGUCGCGGCGGAGCGACGUCGUCGUCGACGAGCCGACGGUCUGCCGGGCCCACCUGCGCGUCGCCGUCGACGAGAACGGCGCGCCGUCCGUGCGGUGCGUCGGCCGCAAGGGCGCCGCGGAGGCGGCCUGCGACGGCGAGGUCAUCGCGCCGGGCGCCGCCGUGCCGCUGAGGCAGGGCGCGUGCAUCUCGCUCGGCGGCGCGAAAUUCCGCUACAUGUGCUCCGAGGGCCCCGUCGUCACGUCGGGCGCGCGGCGCCGGGAGACGCUCGCGCGGCGCGCGCUCGCCGAGCGACCGCCGCCGCCGCCGCCGCCGCCGCCGCCGCGGUCCUGCGUCGGCUGCGCGCCGCGCGCGCGCGGCCGCCUCUCGUCCGCGGACGCGUGGCGCGAGGUCGACGAGGCCCAGACGCGGUCGGACCACGCCGCGCGCGUCUACGCCGCGGCCCGCGCGGAGACGUUCGAGGAGGACGACGCGGAGCGGCGGCUCUACCACCGCGAGGACGCGCGGCGCGCGGCCGCGGCCGCGCGGGCCCGGAGCGUCUUCUCCGCCUCCGAGGCCGCGGGGCGCGGCUGCGUCGUCGCCUAG